UUUUAAAAUAUUACAGCACUUCCAGAAUCUGCGAAGUCAAUGCUUACAAAAAUGGCUGAUCAGUCAAACAGUGAUUCAACUAAAGGCGAAAUUCAGAAAGGAAUAUUUGAACAUAUAAGGGAUCCGUCUAAGCUUCGGUCGGCCAUGGCAUCAUAUUACAACAAAUUCAGCAAAGGCAGCACCCAGGAAGAGGCUACUUUCACUGUGCCAUAUUACGACAUGUUUGCCUUAGGUCUACUCACGUCGCUUUGUCUGCCUGUUUACAAUUCUGAUCUCUCCUUAUUCGGGGUCGUCUGCUCCGAUGUUACUAUGUCGAAUCUCGUGUCUGAUAUCACCUACUUCCGCCAGGGAGAGAACUCUUACUCAUUUAUCAUUGACGGCAGAGGGCGCACCUUGAUGCAUCCUCUCCUACCGUUGCCGUCACAGGCAAGCGAUGACCCGAUUUACGUGGACAUUCAACAUUUAGAGAGACAAAGUGAUGCCAAGGAAGUCAUAUCAUCCAUGAAAAGUGGGAUAAGCGGAAGUAAGACAUUUUUCUCAACACGUACUUUUUCACGAGGGUCUGUGGACUAUGAAGGAAUACACACAAAGUCAAUAAAUUCUACAUACACCUGGACACCUGUACCGAGAAGCAAUUUUUCUUUGUGCAUUGUUGCUGGAGUGGGAGACCGUCAGUCCAAUAUUGAACCAUUACAACCGCGUGCUGAUACGUUUUUAUACCACAGAACUGACCUUGCUGACAACACGAACUCUUACUGUAACCAUUUUAACAGAUACUCUACAAAAG